AUGUUUAAAUGAACUUGGGUGAGAAGCAGAGAACAUUCUCUGUAAUAAGUGAAAAUAGUUCUAGAUGGAGCAAAGUUUUGAUUGGUUUUUCUUUCAUCGCAUUUCCUAAGAAAUUGCGACCAAGGAAGUGGUGUGGCUGAAAUAAAGAAAGAAAAAUACAAUACGAAGACAAAAAUUCAAUAUUUCAAUAGAAGAAGACGUUUUCUCAAAACAUUAAAACUAUUCGAGAAAAAGAACUAUUAUCCAUUUAGCAUAUUUGUAGCAGCUGGAGCGAUAUUGACCAAAAACAGUUUGCUAUCAUUCUGCAGCAUCUCAAAUAAGGGUAACAAAAACAACAGCUGUCUUAACGAUAAAAGUAGCGGCUGCUAGCUUAAAGACCAUUGAAAUGAACACAAAGGCUGACGUCAACAGGCGAGUUCUGGCUAUACAAGCCAAGAAGAAACGGCAUAAGCCCAACAAGAAGCGUGGUAAACAGAAUGGCGUGGCUGGUGGUUCCGGUAGUGGUGUUGGUCAGACACCGGGAAAUUCUAAUAAUAGCAACGCAAGUGGUGCUCCACCAACAUCUCCUAUUUCGCCUGAAGGUGAAAUCACUGCGAAAAUGUCUAAAUCAUUUAGUGGAGCCCCAUCCACAAGUGGCACAGGUUCAUUAGCUACUAAUACGCCAGCUACAGGGUCUACCAAUAACUUAGACGAUAGUGCACACCUGAGAAGUUCGGUGAAUAACGUCAGUGGUGGCGGUGGCGGUGGCGCUAGUGGAGGAGGUAAAAAGUACUCUUCUAACUAUCAGCAGCAGUUGUUGCCGCAGCAGCAACAACAGCAACAGCAAAAAUGUAUGAACAAUUUCCAUGUGCAGCAACAGUUUCAGAAUAUACAACAGCAUCAAUAUGACGAUCCUCAGAAUCAACAACAGCAACAGCAACAAUACCAAUACCCGCCACGCAGUUCAUCGAACGAUUCGGAAGAUUCCGAAUUGAAUAGUGAAAAUGAGGAGCAAGAAUUGAAGGAAGACUACUGCAAAGGGGGCUAUCAUCCUGUGAAUAUUGGCGACUUGUUUCAAGGACGUUAUCAUGUUGUUCGUAAAUUAGGAUGGGGCCAUUUCUCCACCGUAUGGCUGUGCUGGGAUUUGCAGGAGAAACGUUACGUGGCCAUAAAAAUUGUAAAAUCAGCUCAUCAUUUUGCCGAGACGGCGAAAGACGAAAUUAAGAUACUCAAAUCGGUGCGCGAUUCGGAACCAAGCAAUCCGCGUCGCCAGAAGACUGUGCAGCUGCUAGAUGACUUCAAGAUCACUGGCGUAAAUGGCACACACAUUUGCAUGGUGUUCGAGGUGCUUGGCGACAAUUUGCUAAAACUUAUACGUAAAUCCAAUUACCGCGGCAUACCCAUUGAAAAUGUUAAGUCGAUCACACGCCAAGUUUUGGAGGGUCUGGACUACUUGCACUCCUGUUGCAAGAUUAUUCACACCGACAUUAAGCCGGAGAAUGUGCUGCUUUGUGUCGAUGAACAGUAUGUGCGUUCGUUGGCUAACGAAGCUACCGAACUGUAUGUCAUGAAUUAUAAAAUGUUCCCAUCGUUUGUUAGUCGGGCUCCCAAAGAAUAUCGCGAACCGCAAAUUACCGGCAAGAUGAGUAAAAACAAGAAAAAGAAACUAAAGAAAAAGGCAAAAAAACGUUUGGAGUUGUUUAAAAAGCAAUGGGAUUACCUGGAACAGAGUGGCGGUGGCGUACCGGAGGGCGGGGAAGCGCCAGUAGCGGCUGAUGAUGGAACCUUGUUGCUCAAUGAUGGCUUUGGCGAUGGCAACAAUGAGCAGCGUGCGCGCUUGAAAGGCGGUAAAUUGGUUAAUGGCGAUGUCACUGACCCAGACGACGGUCAUGAUGAUGAUGAAGAUGGCGAUGACGAAGAUGCAGAACAUGUCAUUGCAGAAGACAAUGACGCAGAUGGCGAUGCAGAUGACGACGAUGAAGAGGAACAGCUGCUAGGCCGCGUCAGCAACAACUCAAAUACGAAUUCGCCACGAAAACAGCAUAAGCAGACGGCUGUUCACAAUGCAACCGAACAAGUCAUCACAAACAGCAUUCCUGGCGAGAAGAAGAAAAAAAAGAAGAAAAAUAAGAAAAACUUAGGGCAACAGCAACAACAUCAAAAGGAAAAAGAAAACCAACAACAGCAAAAUGAUAACAAAUCAUCAUCGAGCAGUGAUAGCCACACCAUUAAAGACGAGUUGAAUGACUCAGGUAGCUCUUCGCCGACCCUCAAAGGACAAUCAGCAAACAAGAAAAACGCAGCGACUAAAAAUGCCUCCGCAAAGGCAUCGAAAAAGCAAAACAACAACAUAAAGAACAACAACAAUACCAACACGUCGAAUACGAAUCUUACACCUCACAUUAAACAAAAUGCCAAUAAUAAUGAGAAAAUUGUUAAUUGCACAGUGACAGCAGCUGCCCCACAGCAAUCCAAAUCCGAGCCGGUAAUAUAUGCGCCUGCAUUAGCUUCACCUCCGGCUGUAAAGCCAAUCCCUCGCAAGGAUCCCGCUCUGGAACCGUGCAAGUUCGAUGUUAAAAUCGCCGAUCUAGGCAAUGCCUGUUGGGUUGACAAACACUUUACUGAGGACAUACAGACUCGUCAGUAUCGCUCGUUAGAAGUAAUACUGGGUGCCGGCUAUGAUACAUCAGCGGAUAUUUGGAGUACCGCAUGUAUGGCUUUUGAGUUGGCCACUGGCGACUACCUAUUCGAGCCCCAUUCGGGCGAGAAUUACUCACGCGAUGAGGAUCACAUUGCACAUAUUAUCGAAUUAUUGGGUCCGAUACCCCAUAAUAUAAUCUUACGCGGGGCGUAUGCAUCGCAAGCAUUCAACCGUAAAGGUGAGCUGCGCAACAUCACCGGCUUGAAGCCAUGGGGUUUGGUGGACGUACUAUCGGAAAAGUACGAAUGGCCACGCGACGAUGCAGAGGCCUUUGCUGAUUUUCUCAUACCAAUGUUGGUAUUUGAUCGGACGAAGCGUGCAACGGCUGCGGAUUGCCUGAAGCAUCCGUGGCUGAGAUAAAAUACAAUGAUUUGCUGUUGCGCGCAUGCGCCAGCACCAAGCGUAACACCACCACCACCAGAGCCGGCAUUGCCCUCGCCGCUAGCGCCAUCUGCAACACUAAUUUCACUGUCCCUGUCGCCGUCACCAUCACCGUCAAAUGUGAUGCAUUCCACGCACCUAACUUCCCGCAAUGCCGGAAGUGGCAUGUUGGCGGUAGCGGCCAUGGCCGAACUGGAUGUGGUCCAGUGCACAUCGCUACGCAAACCAUUGGCGGCCACAAAAACCACUUCGCUGCCAUUGCCAUUACUGUCGCAUAAGCGCACCACGCGUUCGGUGUCGGGUGGUGCAGUGACACCCUCGUCGUCGGCGGCUGCUUCGGCAGUUGGCCAAACACUGUGCUGGCGCAACACGCUCCGGCGCAUGUUUCAGCGCAAGUGACGUUGGCUGCAGCGUGCGCGACGGCGACGCCAACGUGAGCGCGCACUUUGGCAUUGCCGUUGGCGUGGGCGUGGCAAGCGGCGUCGUGUGGUGGUGUUGGCGUUGGCGCACGCGCGCCAUUAUUGAUAGACGUUUAGAUUUGGAUUGAAUAUUUAUUAAAACAAAAAAAAACACUAAUAACAAUAAUAAUAAUUUAAAAUAUUAAAAAUAAUAUGAAAGAGGCGUAAAUUAGCAAACGAUGCACAUUAUAUGGAGUAAUAAGGACGUUUCGUAGGCGGUGUUGACGCAGUAGCCGAUGCAGCAUAACGGGCACAAUAGCAGAAAGAAAUUAAUCACAGCAGCAUAACAACAACAAAUUACAUAGAAGAAAAUAAAUCAAAAAGCAUGUCCUCUGGUAGUUUUUAUUUUUAUUUAUCAUUAUAAUGUUUUUAUUACUGUGCAAUUCGCUUCUAUAUAUACAUAAUUAUUUUACUUAUGAAACGGAAACCAGAAACAGAAGUAAACACUUUGUAUCUUAUUUAAUUUAAGACGAUUUGCUAUUAUUUUGCAAAUUAUUAAUAUUUUCUUAGAAGAGUGGUUGGCUAGAGCAUAGACCAUUGGACAAAUGGAGAUUCACAGGCAAUUUCGGACAAAAAUUAAACAAGAUAUCCAUUAUAUAAAAAACGCUUUGACGCAGAGAAAUACGGUGUUCGAUAAAUACUUGAUAUGCUUAUAAAUCGUUAUACAAAUCAAAGAAAAAUUAUUUUUGACGUACAUUUUUUUAUUUAAUCUUUGUUUUUAUUGAAAUUUUGUGCUGUUAUUCUUUAUCCAAGCGCUCUUAUUUUCAUUGUUGUUCACGUUUUUGUGAGAAAAGCAUUCCCUUUGGCUUCAAAAAUUGCAAUUGACUUUUUAAUAAGAUUCAUUAGGAGCUGAAAAUUUUUAAACAAUAAAUUUCUAUAUUAUAAAAUAUGCAAAAUUGUUAUCGCUAUUAUCAAUUGGAAACUUGUUUAAAAAACGGAGAGCAAUUUAAUAACGAAAGAUACGAGCAUUUACGAGGACGAGGUGGAUUCUUCAAACUCAUGUGUGCUAAAAAAGUACUAGAGAAUGAUUAAAUUAUUAACAUGAAAGUUUGAAAAAAAGCAAAUUACAAUUCGUUGGUUUUCAGGCACAAUGUUUUCAUUUGCAAGUAAUACAUUUAAAAUAUAAUGUACUAAGAAAUAAAUACAAUUUGUAAAAUGAAUAGAAAUUGUGUCAAAUUAUGGCAAACAAGUUUUUAGUUAACAUUCUACAAAAACUUACAAAAAUGUAAAAGUUGCAGUGAGUUUUGAAAAUGUAUUACUGUUUAUUUCGAAGUAUGACAUUUGUUUUGGUAAUCGUUAUAAUUCUCCAAAUCGUGAUACUAAAUAAAAAAAAUCAUAAGUUAAUUUGAAGACAAAAUAUACAAGAAUUUUGGUUUGAAAUGUAUUAACAAUUCCAGUAAAUGAGAAAACGAAAAUCGUGUAACUUGUUAUUAACAAUAAUUCCACAAGAUACGAAGCAUGAAAAUUAUGUAGUGCAAAAACACCGAACAUUUAUUUUUUUUGAACAGAAUCGAUCCACUCUAACUGAAUUUCUUACAAUUGACUAAGAAAUUUAAGAAUAACAAAAUUCUUUCGCUUUACUUUUUUUUUAAUUUUAUUUUGUGUAACCCGAACAAAAUCUUAAUGAGUGAACAUGUACGAAGAUGAGCGUCGUUCAAUAUUCAUGUGCAUAUUCUGAACAAAAACAACAGGAACCGGAAAACUGUUAACUGUUAAUCGUAAGCUUUAUGUGAAUUACUUUAUUUAAAAUUUACUGUAAUAUUAAAUGCAGAAUGAGUUAUACAUA